AUCUGCCCUCCCCGAGUGAUGUAAACAGACAGUGGGCUAUGGCUAUUUCCUAACUCACUCAGAGAGCCAUUCGAUUCGAUACCAAACAGCAAUCACCUGUUAAUUCAAGUGCAAUUCAAACUAUCUCACGAGUACACUAUAUAGCUAAAGCAUUCAUAUCAUGGUUUAUUGGCUUCCAAGGACGUGGAACAUUUUGUUAUGGCCCAAAAACAGAUUUGCAUGCAAAUAUAUUCUUCCCUGUCAUAAAGUGAGAAUGUCUAAUCCAUGCGGAAGUUGCCUGUUUUGCACGAGCGCCACCUGUAGUGAAUGUGUACAGUGGCUGCCAAAUCAACCAGCAUGUUCAGUGUCUUCUGGAGUGGGGUCAAGGCGGACUGACGUAAGGGCAAAGACAUACAGUAUUUGUAGCACCACAGAAGACAACUUAAAGAUGGCCGUAAAAGGGCUCAUCUCGUUGUGGUUAUUAUUGGCCUUGCAAUUUAAGUCAGGAGAGUGUUAUAGCAACGGGAAAGUGACUCAAGCAUGCGGGGACAUGAUUCCUGAGCAUGGCCACCAUGCUAGCCCCGAAAACUCACCAUAUAACAUCACCCUGGACAAGUACGAAUACAGUGCAGGAAGUCAAAUCAGAGUGACCUUAUCUGUAGUCGUGCCAGGAGGAAGCUAUUUCAAAGGCUUUCUAAUCCAAGCACGAGCACAGGAGAACCCUGAUGGCGGGGCAGUGGGUUCAUUCGACCUGGUUAACUCGAGCAUCUCACAGCUGCUCACAUGUGCUCACACAAAGGGGUCUGCAGUGAGUCACACCAGUGACUCCAAAAAGACAGAAGUCCAAGCCAUCUGGACUGCUCCGGACAAACCUCCAAGCAACAUCCAGUUCAUGUACACAGUGGUACGGAAGUACAAGCUCUACUGGGUGCAGGUAGCAGGGCCUGUUGCCACUCUGAGAGGGGCCACUCCUGGUCCGCCACAUUCCAGCACAACCACAACCACACACAGCACUACCACACCACCAGGAGUGCUGCAAAAUCCGUUCAGUGCAGAGGACUGCGGCAGCAGGAAGACUUGCCUGCGGGACCCUGUGAAUUGUGAUCCCAAGACAGAGCCACAGUGUUUCUUCUUGUCAUUCCGGACUGAGGAACAGAGUGUGCUGUUUGAGCUGAGUGGCCCGGCAGAGGGAUAUGUCUCUUUCGCCCUCUCUCUGGACAAAUGGAUGGGAAAUGAUGAUGUUUAUUUGUGUGUAAGAGAUGGGGACCAAGUGGAGAUUAAUGCCGCCUAUGUGGCUGGACGAACUCAUCCUGAACUGGCAACAGAGAAUGCACUACGAGACACAGCGUGGAGAGUGUCCGACGGCAUCAUCCAAUGCAGCUUCCGUCGAGACCUCCACCUUGAUCGGCUCAACCAGAACCGGUUUAACCUGGACCGGAGCUACUUCCUGUUUAUGGCUAACGGGAAAGCAGAAAACGGUGAGAUUCAUAGGCACAGCCGCCAGCCGUUAAUCUCCACCCAUCAGAAAGUCCUCACCGGCCCGCCCGAGAACCUCAGUGGCUCCCGAUCGCCCCUGCUCAUCAAAUUUCAUGGUGCUUUUAUGCUGGUUGCAUGGAUGACCACAGUUAGCACAGGUGUCAUCUUCGCUCGCUACUUCAAACGUGACUGGUCCGAAACCCCUUUGUUUGGGCAGCGAGUGUGGUUUCAGAUGCAUCGGGUCCUGAUGGUGCUGACGGUGGUGUUGACGUGCGUGGGUUUUGCUCUGCCGUUCGUCUACAGAGGAGGCUGGAGCAAACGAGCCGGAUCCCACCCUUACCUUGGCUGCACUGUCAUGGCCCUGGCCAUCAUCCAGCCAAUCAUGGCUCUCUUCAGGCCAUCUCCAGAUUCCUCCCAACGACCCAUCUUUAAUUGGAUACACUUGAGUGCAGGAACCAUCGCGCAGAUUAUUGCAGUCGCUGCCAUCUUCCUGGGCAUCCACCAGCAGGCCCUGCUUCUGCCAGCGCCGUGGUCCACUGGCCUCCUGGCGGGUUUCGUGGUCUGGGGGGUUUUGGCAGAGCUGGUUUUCGAGCUCCAUAUGAGAGGCUGUCUUGCACCAGCCUUGAAUCACUCCCCUCUAUUUUCCAGGAGCCAAGCUGAAGACAAAGAGCUCAUCUUGCCCACCUCUUCAGAGAGCAAUGAGUUCCAGUUCAGAAGGAUACUUUUUGGGGUCUUCCUCUGUGGAAACCUAGCUUUCCUCUUCACUUUAAUAAGCUUGAUUAUUAAUCUGUGACCCCAGAGAAAUGCUUUACAGGUUGUAGCACAUUUUGCACUCAGGAAGGUAUUUAAAUUUCUGAUGAAUGGGGACACACAAUAUUUUACCAACUAACUAUCUGUUGAAAAGUUUACAUUUUAAACAUCCUUGUACAGAAGUGUCUAUAUUUUAUACAUUCCAGUCUUAAAGAGGGUUGUAGACACCAGUUUUGUUGCACAUUACAAGAGAUAUGGGGAAUAUCACAUUUAUGCUAAAUGUCAGAACAUUUCACAGGAGAAAAUCCAAACUCUUAACUGAAUUUAGCAUAAAUUGAGUAGUUCAUUGCACUCUUGCUGUUAGUAGUUCACUCAUGGUGCCCUUUGAAAACUUCUCGGUUGAAAGAUGUUGUGUUCAGUUGUUUUGAAUCUAACUUGUUCUCUAAAUGAUUGCCAGCUUAUGUUAAGUCAAGUGCUACAUCCUUGUUCCUAAUUUCGAAUGCUAAUUUAUUGAUAUGAUAAAAUGCACCUGUUAAUGCUUGAUUAUUCUCAUUUAAGCACUUGCAGCUCCAUACCAGAUUUGAUUAUUGUAGAGCUACCACUGGCAUGCCACAUCUCCUUAACAUAAUUUUGUAUCUGUGGUUUCUCUUUUAUACUAUGGGUUAUGCUAUACCAUCGGUCAGACAUUGCAAAGAGAUUUUUUGAGAAUGGUGUUAUAAUGCUUGUUUGAGUUUCAGUGGAACUGAAAUGUACUAUAUGAGGUUUUUUAAUCUUCUCUCAGAGGCAAAAAUACAAAGGAAAGAAUUAGCUCAGUUUGUCCGAUCUAGCACAUACAGUAGAAGCAUUAAUUGUUUUGACAUUUUGCAUGUAAUGAUAUUCCCCUGUAACUGCUGAAGCAUAUCCAACACUGUGUGUAUGUGUGCGUACAUGCGUGUGUGCGUGUGUGUGUGUGUGUGUGUGUGUGUGUGUGUGUGUGUGUGUGUGUGUGUGUGUGUGCGCGCGCGCACGCGCAUAUAUGUGUGCAAUGACAAUUGAGUGAUCACUACAUUCAUGCCAUGUGCUGCCUGUAGUUGAAUGCUUAUUAUGAGCUUCCUAAGCCAAAGACGUUAGCAGGGAAAUUGUGUCUAGUUCACUGAACAAACUUGAAUUUUUAUCUCCACAGCAAGUCUGUAACGUUAACCAUGAAAGCCUGUGCUUUUCUAGUUGUAUGGCCUUUUUAGAUUUUUAAUUGCUGGAGUACGAAAGGCUCAUGGCAAUGGGCUGAAAUGUCUUGACCAAUUCUGAGAUCAGUAGUCUGAUUUUAUAUAUUUUUUAUUUUUUUGAAUUACAUUAUUCAUCCAGGUAUACUGAUUGCACUGCCCUUUCAUGUUUUUGUGAAAAGUAUGUAAUUAUAAUGUACAACGUACCUAAAUUAGUAAUUAGGUUGAAUCAUAUGUGUAGUGUAUACAGUAAAUGAUAAAGAUAUCACUUGUAUACUGAGAGAAAUCUUUUAAUAAAUGUCCUUGCUAAAAUGACUAAACUCAA